GUGGACACACAUAACGUUUUCUUUUAGUAAGUUUGUCAUCUGGACAGAUAGGCCUAAAAAAGUGUUUCAGUCUCACCUGCUCAACAACCAAGGCCUAAAAAAGUGCUUCAGUCUCACCUGCUCAACAACAAUCUUUGUGUGGAUAUUUCACCAGCGUCUUUCUCAACACUCAUCUUGGUGGUGGACAAGUAAAGAUGAAUCUCCCUCUGUCAGUGCUUAUAUGUCUGUCAGUUGUUCAGAUGUGUGUGGGGGACCAGCCAGUGGAGGAAGUCAUUGUAUCAACAUCUGGCAAUAUAUUGCACACAAUCUGAAGGGUGUCUCUCAAGUGUUUCAAGUGCCAUCUGUUCUGUUGAAUUACCUCAAAGGAAAAGUGCCUCUAUUGGGUGGCUGGUUCGAUAGGAGUCCAGAGUCACAGGAGGUUCAGGCGGCGGCUCAGCACGCUGUGGACACGUUCAACAUACACUCAAAGGCCAAGAAGUUGUUCAAACUGGCGUCCAUUACAUCUGCACAGGCUCAGGUGACCAACAGCAUCAACUACAGGAUAAAUGCAGUACUGGGAAAAACAAAAUGUCUCAAGGGUGAAUAUCAUGACUUGAACAGCUGCAAUGUGGAGAAAAAGCAUCUCAAGUGUCACUUUGAGGUGAUGUUCAACCCCCGCAACAACAAACAUGAGCUGCAGAUGCAAAAGUGCAAGAGGCCUGUUCCCACCAUUCAAGCGUAAAUGUUUUGCAUUUUUCUUACAUUUUGGUAUAAUGACUGAAAGUGUUGCAUUCGUAAUUUGCAACCGACGAUGACACAACAGACCAAUAAAGUGUGUGCUUUAUAAUGA